UAAAAAAAAAAAAAAAAAAAAGAGUUUUCGAGGAGUGGUGGUGGUGGUGACGUGUCGAAUACGAUAUAAAAAUAACACUGAAGCUUCGUCAUUUUUGACUUAUAGUCUAUACCUGUUAGGGCGGGAACACAAAAAAAUUUCACCCAAAAGGUCAUGCCUGAACCGAAGAUGAGCCAGCGCAGGGGCUCCAAGGUUUGGGUCGAGGACAGAGAUUUGGCCUGGGCCGCAGCUGAAGUUCUCGGCUAUGUGGGCAAGCAAGUUCAAGUUCUUACUGAUUCCGGAAAGAAGGUUUUGGUCUCUCCAGAGAAGCUAUUUCCAAGGGACGCCGACGAGGAAGACCAUGGUGGAGUGGACGAUAUGACAAAAUUGACGUAUUUGAACGAGCCUGGCGUUCUUUACAAUCUUCAGAGAAGAUAUGCUCUCAAUGACAUAUAUACAUAUACAGGAAGCAUCUUGAUUGCUGUUAACCCGUUCACAAAGCUUCCACACCUAUAUGACGUCCAUAUGAUGGAGCAGUAUAAGGGAGCUCCAUUUGGUGAGUUGAGUCCUCAUGUUUUUGCUGUAGCUGAUGCAUCAUACAGGGCAAUGAUGAAUGAGGAUCGAAGCCAAUCAAUAUUGGUUAGUGGAGAAAGCGGUGCAGGGAAAACUGAGACAACUAAACUUAUUAUGCAGUAUCUUACAUAUGUAGGAGGUAGAGCUGCUGGUGAUGACAGAACGGUUGAACAACAAGUUCUUGAGUCAAAUCCACUUUUGGAGGCAUUUGGUAAUGCGAGGACUGUUAGAAAUGACAAUUCAAGCCGUUUUGGCAAGUUUGUUGAGAUCCAGUUUGAUGCAAAUGGUAGAAUAUCAGGUGCUGCAAUUAGAACUUACCUCUUGGAACGGUCCCGUGUAGUCCAGAUAACAGAUCCUGAAAGGAAUUAUCACUGCUUUUAUCAAUUGUGUGCAUCUGGAAGGGAUGCAGAAAAGUACAAGCUUAGUCGUCCAAGUGAUUUCCACUACUUGAAUCAAAGCAGAACUUAUGACCUAGAUGGAGUGAGCAAUGCAGAAGAAUAUGUGAAGACAAGGAGGGCAAUGGACAUUGUUGGUAUUAGUCUUGAAGAUCAGGAAGCAAUCUUUCGCACUUUAGCUGCCAUUCUACAUCUGGGAAAUAUUGAAUUUUCUCCUGGGAAGGAGCACGAUUCUUCAGUUUUGAAAGAUCAGAAAUCUAGCUUUCACAUGCAGAUGGCUGCGGAUCUUUUAAUGUGUGAUAUGAACCUCUUACUGGCAACAUUGUGUACUCGUUCAAUUCAAACUCGUGAAGGGAUUAUUGUUAAAGCACUAGAUUGUAAUGCUGCAAUUGCUGGUCGAGAUGCAUUGGCAAAGACUGUUUAUGCUCGAUUGUUUGACUGGCUGGUUGAUAAAAUUAAUAGAUCUGUCGGGCAAGAUUUGAAUUCUAGAAUACAAAUUGGAGUUCUGGACAUUUAUGGUUUUGAAUGCUUCAAGGACAACAGCUUUGAGCAAUUUUGCAUUAAUUUUGCUAAUGAAAAGCUUCAACAACAUUUUAAUGAGCAUGUAUUCAAAAUGGAGCAGGAUGAGUAUAGAAAAGAGGAAAUCAAUUGGAGCUACAUUGAAUUCAUUGACAAUCAAGAUGUUUUAGAUUUGAUUGAGAAGAAACCCAUUGGGAUAAUUGCUCUCUUGGAUGAAGCUUGCAUGUUCCCAAAAUCAACUCAUGGGACAUUUUCAACCAAAUUGUUUCAGCAUUUCCAUUCCCAUGCACGGUUGGAGAAGGCAAAAUUUUCAGAAACAGAUUUUACAGUUUCCCACUAUGCUGGAAAGGUUACUUAUCAUACAGAUACCUUUCUAGAUAAAAAUCGUGAUUAUGUUGUGGUAGAGCAUUGCAAUCUGCUUUCUUCUUCCAAAUACCCUUUUGUUGCUGGUCUUUUCCCUCCUUUGCCAGAAGAGUCCUCGAGAUCAUCAUACAAGUUUUCUUCUGUGGCUUCAAGAUUUAAGCAUCAACUUCAGGCAUUGAUGGAAACACUCAACUCAACAGAGCCUCAUUACAUACGUUGUGUGAAACCAAACUCUUUAAAUCAACCACAAAAAUUUGAGAAUCUGAGCAUCUUACACCAACUGCGCUGUGGGGGUGUUUUAGAGGCAGUUCGGAUAAGUUUGGCAGGUUAUCCGACGAGAAGAACUUAUCCGGAGUUCGUAGAUCGCUUUGGAAUAUUAAUCCCCGAGUUAAUGGAUGGAAGUUAUGAUGAAAAAGCCACGACUGAGAAAAUUCUGAAAAAGCUAAAACUUGAGAAUUUUCAGUUGGGUAGGACAAAAGUGUUUCUUAGGGCUGGACAAAUUGGUGUUUUGGACUCUCGUCGGGCUGAGGUUUUGGAUAAUGCUGCAAAACUUAUUCAACGUCGAUUGAAAACAUAUAUUGCUUACAGGGAUUUUAUCUCAACAAAAGCUGCUGCAUUUGCACUACAAGCUUACUGUAGAGGAUGCCUUGCCCGAAAGAUGUAUGUUGCAAAACGGGAGACAGCAGCUGCUCUUGUAAUACAGAAGUGCAUCCGAAGCUGGCUUUUAAGGCAUGCUUUUUUGGAAUUGCAUGCAGCUACUAUCACCAUACAAUCCAGCAUUCGUGGUUUUUCAACGCGCAAAAUAUUUUUGCAUGGAAAAGAGCAUAAAGCUGCCACUUUAAUCCAGGCUCGAUGGAGGAUGUACAAGGUCCGCUCAGUAUUCCAACGUGACCUAAAUUCUGUAAUAGGAAUACAAUGUCUAUGGAGGCGAAAACUGGCAAAAAAGGAAUUCCGGAGGCUUAAACAGGAGGCAAAUGAAGCUGGUGCCCUGCGUUUAGCUAAGACUAAACUUGAGAAGCAGUUAGAAGAUCUGACUUGGCGUUUGCAUCUUGAAAAAAGAUUGCGGGUUUCUAAUGAAGAGGCUAAAUCAGUAGAAGUUUCAAAAUUUCAAAAAAUGCUGGAAUCUUUGAACCUCGAGUUAGAUGCAGCAAAAUUGGCAACAAUUAAUGAAUGCAACAAGAAUGCUGUGUUGCAAAAUCAACUAGAACUGUCAAUGAGGGAAAAAUCAGCUCUUGAAAGAGAACUCGUAGGGAUGGCUGAAUUGAGAAAGGAGAAUGCAUUAUUGAAGAGUUCUAUGAAUGCUCUGGAAAAAAAGAAUUCAGCUUUGGAGGUUGAGCUUUUUAAAGCACAAAAAGACUGUAGUAACACCAUUGAGAAGCUAAGGGAAUUCGAAGAGAAGUGUUCCCAGCUUCAGCAGAAUGUAAAAAGCCUUGAGCAGAAAGUCUCACAAUUGGAGGAUGAAAAUCAUGUUAUGCGACAGAAAGCAUUAAGUGCAUCACCCAAGAGCAAUCGUCCUGGUUUUGCAAAGGCACUUACUGAGAGAACAUCUAGUGCACUUGUUCUUUCCACUGCUGACAGGAAGCCUGUAUUUGAGUCACCCACACCUACUAAACUUAUUGUACCUUUUUCACAUGGCUUGUCAGAAUCACGCCGAACAAAGUUAACAGUGGAGAGGCAUCAGGAGAAUUAUGAAUUCCUCUCAAGGUGUAUCAAAGAAGAUUUAGGUUUUAAAGAUGGUAAACCAGUAGCAGCUUGUAUCAUAUACAAAUGUCUUCUUCAUUGGCAUGCAUUUGAGUCUGAGAGGACGGCCAUUUUUGAUUUUAUUAUUGAGGGCAUAAAUGAUGUUCUAAAGGUUGGGGAGGGUAACAUCACCUUACCAUAUUGGCUCUCCAAUGCCUCAGCACUUCUAUGCCUCCUGCAGAGGAAUUUAAGAUCAAAUGGUUUCUUGACUACAUCUGCACAGCGUACUACAGGAUCUUCGGGGUUUGGUAGCAGGAUUGGGCAUACUGCUGAUAUUAGUUUUCCCUCCUUUCCUCAGGGACUAAAAUCUCCUUUCAAGUAUAUUGGGUUUGAAGAUGGUGUCUCACAUGUAGAAGCGAGAUACCCGGCAAUAUUAUUCAAACAACAAUUAACUGCUUGUGUAGAGAAGAUUUUUGGCUUAAUUCGUGACAAUUUGAAGAAAGAAUUGUCUCCUCUAUUGGGCUCAUGCAUCCAGGCACCCAAAACUACCCGGGCACACGGUGGAAAGUCAUCUAGAUCACCUGGUGGUGCUCCUCAGCAAUCUCCUGGUAGUCAGUGGGAUAACAUCAUCAAGUUUUUGGACUCUCUAAUGAGCCAAUUACGUGAAAAUCAUGUGCCUUCAUUUUUCAUCCGUAAACUGAUUACACAGGUUUUCUCUUUCAUCAAUAUAUCACUGUUCAACAGUCUGCUGCUGCGACGUGAAUGUUGCUCAUUUUCGAAUGGGGAAUAUGCAAAAUCUGGUUUAGCUGAGCUAGAGAAAUGGAUAGUUAAUGCAAAAGAGGAGUAUGCAGGAACCUCUUGGCAUGAGCUAAACUACAUUAGGCAAGCUGUUGGUUUUCUGGUAAUACACCAAAAGAGAAAAAAAUCUCUUGAAGAGAUUAGGCAGGAUCUUUGUCCGGCAUUGACUGUUCGGCAAAUCUAUCGAAUAAGUACAAUGUACUGGGAUGACAAAUAUGGCACUCAGAGUGUGUCAAAUGAGGUGGUUGCACAAAUGAGAGAGAUUUUGAACAAGGACAACCAGAAUUUAACAUCCAAUUCAUUCUUGUUGGACGAUGAUCUGAGCAUUCCAUUCUCUACUGAAGAUAUUGAUAUGGCAAUUGCUGCCAUAGAUCCUUCAGACAUUGAACUCCCAAAUUUUGUGUCUGAAUAUCCUUGUGCUCAAUUUCUUGCUCAGCACCAAUAGUAAAAGAUUUCUGCUUGGAGGUGUCGUUAUGUACAGGAUAGUCUAUCUCUCUUUCUCUCGGCAGAAUGUUCAUAGCAGGCUUCUUAGUUCGGUGAAUUGAAAAUUUUCAUCAGUGCUCGAUGAACACAGUUCGCUCUAAUUAUUUGUAGGUUUAAUUAGACGUCAGUCAUUUGAAAGAAUGGUGACAAUCAAUUCCUUCAUUUCUCUUAAAGGGCUGCUUCUGUUUUUCAUGAAGCAUAUUGUUCAUUUAGAUAUCCGUGAAUAUCAUUUCUAGAGUUGUAUAUUUUUUUCAAUUUGUACAUGUAGGACAGCGUAGGAAAUUUAUUCGUUGAUGUAUAAUAUUGGUUUACUUAGCACGAAUAUAUGCUAGCCGCUGACAAUUCUAUUUUUGGACA